AUGCCUCCAAAGCAAAAUAGAGUGCAAGGUGGCAAUGCCAGGAGCCGAGCGUCUGCCGUGCCGCAGGGAGAUCGUCAGAGGAGAGCGAGGCAGGACUUUGAGGGUGAGAGAGAUCAACCCGCUGCGACAAACAUAAGAGCGGAGUCGCAGCAACCACAGUGGACCAUGAGCAGCAGCGUAGAGGACAUUCUGCUGGAGGGAAGCACUAACAGGAACAACAUGAAAUUGAACGAUUUCCUUCGGAGCUACUUGGGCGAGGAGUGGGUUGUGGAAAGAAAUGGGAACGUCACGAUGGAGGCGUUUGUUCAGGAGCCGGAUGCUUACGUACAAGACCAGCAGCUUCUUAGAAGAAUUGUUAACUUAACUGCGUACCAAACGCUGAAAAUAUUAUUGGAGGCUAUUAAUAAGCUUCAUCACGAGGGUGUGUACUCUCUCGAGCAAUGGAGGGACUAUGAAGGAAAGGAUACGGUCACUCCUGUUGCAAGGAGAAAACUAAACGCAGCUAUUUCUCGGGUGCUGACAGAAGAAAGGCGUAAGGCGGAAGAAAGGCGUGAGGCGGAAGAAAGGGCAAGGCGGGACCAGCAACAAAUCAUAUUCAACUUAUCUGCUAUGAUCGAAGAUUUGUUGUUUGGAGGAAGAGUUCGCGUCCAUAAAAUGAAGCUGAAUGAUUUUCUUACGAUGGAAUUUGACGGCAGAGGCAUUUUGCGCGCCAAUCGGUGCGUUUGGCUGGGGGAUUUUUUCAAGGAUCCCACGAGGUAUAUCCGCGAUGCGGGAGUAUUGAACGAAAUACAGGCAACAGGUGCUUAUGCGAGGAUGGAGAUGACUGUGAGGGAGGAAAUGGAUUUGGAAGAAGAUGUACACAGGCUUCAUCACGAGGGUGUGUACUCUCUCGAGCAAUGGAGGGACUAUGAAGGAAAGGAUACGGUCACUCCUGUUGCAAGGAGAAAAAUAAACGCAGCUAUUUCUCGGGUGCUGACAGAAGAAAGGCGUAAGGCGGAAGAAAGGCGUGAGACGAAAGAAAGGGCAAGCCGACGGCAAAAAUUAGAAUUGACCGUUACCACCACGAUCAAAGAUGUGCUAUUUAGAGGAAGAGUUCGCGUCAUGGACAUACAAUUGAAUGAUUUUCUUGUGAUGGAGUUGGACGGCAUGGGCAUUUUGCCCGCCAACCGGAAUGUCUUGCUGAAGGAGUUUGUAAAGGAUUCUACGAGGUAUAUUUGCGGUGCGUUUUUACUGCUCGAAAUAAAGGCAUCCGAUCGUUACAAGAGGAUGGAGAGGGCUGUGAGGGAUGAAAUGGAUAUGGAAGAGGAUGUAAACAAGCUUUACGAGAAAGGUGUGGACAAUCUACUGAAGUGGUCAUUAGCUGCCGAGGAGGUAAAAGCAAAUGUUCAUAACCUCACUAAACAUUUCUUGGAUGCAGCCUUCAUUGAAUUGAUGAGCUCAAUGACGAUGAGUGCGCCGAUGAAACUGGAGGGAUGCUACGAGUCUGUGUACAAUGCGAGGUGGCAUCAUGUCGUGGAGGUUCCCGGCGGCAAAGGGGCGGGAAUGUAUGUGAGGGAGGGGGAGCCAGAACAGUCAUGGAAGUACAAGGAAGUUGGCGAAUUUCUCGAAAAGGAUGACGGUGUGGAGCAAUCCGGUGCAGCACGUCCCAGACUGAUGGUGCUCACCUCGGACAGGGGAUGGCCGUACUCGUGGAAGGAGGAUGAAUCCACUCGUGACUGCUACGUGAACUCUGAGGUGGAGCGAGUGUGGCGGAUCGUCAGGAAUGAUCUAACCGAAUGGUUCAGUCCUCACCGUGGGACCUACUUUACGCCCAAGCAGCGUCUGUUGAUUGGGACGCCCGGGAUUGGGAAAUCUUUGGCUGCCGGCUCGUACCUCCUCUACCAGCUGCUGCACUACGAUGCGGAGCAGCUCCCAAUGGUUGCGUACGUUAUUGGGAGUCAAUCAUUCCUGUUUGACAAGACCACCAAAACGGUAUCAACAUACAGGGAUAACCCCAGGAUUGAGGAUGUUGUAAACAUUUUUUUUUUCCGUGGGGUUAAAGGGUAUUGUAUCUACGAUGCGACAUUGGCAUGUCGUCAACCGUCUGCUGGUUUGCCUUGCAAGGGAUGGGGCAUGAUUGUGGUGACACCACCAGACAAAAACGAAUAUGAACGGUGGAAAAAAAAAAUGGACGCUACUGCAAUCGUAACGAAUUGUCCCGAAGAAAACGAUGUGAGGGCAAUGUGCAUUUGGAUGAAGCGCAAUCGACCCCUGCAGGAGCAAGCGGAAUACUGGAAGGAGGUGAGGGGUCGCAUGAAUAACGUGGGACCAAUUCUCCGCUCCAUCUUUGAUAAACAGGCAUAUGAUGACCGCAUUAAAGCGUGUCAGCAAGCCGUGGAUGGGUCGACCGCUUCGGAAUUAGAGCGUAAUUUGGGUAUUGGCUGCUGUUAUUUGUCCAAUGACAAUGACUUGUCUCGAAAGCUUGUGAAGGUUGUCCGAGUACGACGAGGAAACAACAUUGAAUCGCCUCUGAAUUUGCUGGUAUCUCCCCACCUCGAACGUGAAACUUUGUCCAGGUUGGAGAAUGAAAUGAAGCAGUCCGAUUUUAUUUUUUUUGUUUUGAGGUUCUGGGAUUAUGUCCCACCAUAUCUUAUUGAAAAGUAUGCCGUAUCCGCAUUUUUGAAUGAGGAAUUCCUACGUGCGAUAAGACUUAAAAUCAAGGAACUGAGGCCACCAGGACGACGUGAGCCACACAGCUGUGCGCUGAAAGAGCACUCAGACACGAGCUUCACCAGAAAAGAGGUUCUACCGCCACCGGAACGCCUUUCCAAUCCGGUUGCUAUGGACCACUGGGUGCUGUAUGAACCGAAGGUCCAACACUUUCCGCUGGUGGACGGCUUUUUCUUUGUGGACUCAAAUCCAAUGACGCUGGUUGGGCUGCGGAUGACUACGGCGGGUGAGCACCGCACCACAACCAGCACUGUGAGGCAGUUCACUGAGUGCCUGGCGGCAUAUUUUAAUGGUUGGGAGGAGUUAUCCCGAGACAUGUCGUGGGAUAUUAUUAAUGUGCAGCACGCAGACAACAUGCCGAUGAAUGGCUGGCGGAGAUGUGAUGUUGUAAAUUCCGAUAAUGUGAGCCGUGCUGAAAACCGAGAGAUUGCGGCGUUCUGGGAGGAAGAGGUGCGCCAGUACAUAGCAGCAGUAUCAUCCGGAGACUUUGGAAGAGACGAAGCUCUCUGA